UUCUCUCGUAACAAGCUCCGCCAUUUGCCUCGCCUAGGAGUAACCAAAGCUCAGCUAAGCUCAGGCGAUACAUCACGGUCACACGCCGACCACAUCGCAAGAACCGUCUACCGGCACCCCCGAUGACGCGCGCCGGCACCCGCAGCCCCUUGCCUCCCCGCCGCACGCUCCCGGCCACCGUCGUCGACGACACCGUGGCCGCCGCCGCCGUCCUGCUCGACAAGUGGCACCCGGAGGAAUCCUCCUCCGGCCGCUCCCUCUUCCUCGACUCCACCAUCCCGGACGAGGCCGACGCCUUCCUGCGCGCCGCCAAGGACCUGCACCGCGCCAUGCUCUUCUACGCCUCCGGCCUCACCUCCAAGGACCUCCACGGCGGGGGCCACGGCCUCAUCCACGCCCAGGAGCUCCUCGACACCGCCAUGCGCAGGCUCGAGCUCGAGCUCCAGAUCCUCCUCUCCUGCCUCCCGGACGUCAUCCAGUUCAACCAAUACGACGACAACGACGAGGAUGUUGAAUUUGACCAGAGCCUGCUGACAGAGACGUGCGGCCACCUCCGCGCCGUCGCCGAGGCCAUGCUGGCCGCUGGGUACGGCAAGGAGUGCGUCGCCGUCUUCAAGGAGCACCGCCGCGCGUCCGUGGCCGCCGCGCUGCAGCGCCUGCACGGCUUCUCGCCCUCCCAGCAGCUGCCCAUCAUCAACAAGCUUGGCUGGGAACAGAUCGACGCCAGGAUACAGUCCUGGCUCACCGGCGCGCGCGCCGCGUUCGCGUCCGUGUUCGCCGGGGAGAGGGACCUCUGCGACCGCGUCUUCGCCGGGGAAAACGCGUCCGUCGGCGACGCCGUGUUCUCGGCCGUCGUCGAGGAUCAGGCCAUGAGUAUCCUGGCGUUCGCCGAGGCCGCCGUGGCCAAGGCGAAGCGCGCCCCGGAGCGGCUGUUCCGCAUGCUCGACGUCCACGACGCGCUCACCGAGACCAUCAUACCGGCCAUCGUCGCCACGUUCGGGGACAAGUCGGAGGUCAUGUUCCGAGCCGCCGAGCUCGCGGUGGCCAAGGUCGGCGACACGGUGCGGGGCAUGGUGGCCGGCUUCGAGGCGGCCAUCGAGAAGGAGCCGACCAAGGCCACGGCGCCGGGCGGAGCGGUGCACCCGCUCACCCGAUACGUCAUGAACUACCUCGUCGUCCUCGCCGACUACGAGAACGCGCUGGCUAACAUAUACUCGGCAGAGCAGUACACGGACACGACGGACAUCGGCUUCGGAAGCGGCACGGCCGGCUCGUCGUCGUCGGACCUCUCAAUGGCGUCGACUUCGUCGUUCUCGUCGUCGUCGACGCAGAGGACGUUGAGCCUGUGGUCGAACCCGAUCGGGUGGCUCGUGUCCGUGCUGAUGCGGAAGCUGGACGCCAAGGCCGGGAACUACCGGGAGGCGGCGCUGAGCUACCUGUUCCUGGCGAACAACACGCACUACGUGGCCAAGAAGGUGGGCGGCGGCACGAAGCUGGAGGCGGUCCUCGGCGAGGAUUGGGCCAAGGCGCAGAGGGCCAAGGCGCGCGGCUACGUGGACGUGUACGUGCGCUCGGCCUGGGGGAGCAAGGUGCUCCGCGGCGGAGCGGUGGACAAGGCAGUGAUAGAGGCGGUGGCAAUGCAGGAGACGUGGGUGGCGGCGGACGAGGAGAUGGGAGAGGUGCUCAGGGCGGUAGCGAGGGCGGCCGUCGUACCCACGUACAGGAUGUUCUACCGGCGGCAGGGCGCCGCGGCGAGGCUGACGCCGGGGGACGUGAUCGGCAUGAUAGACAGGCUGUUCGGCGGCCAGACGUCACGCUCACACAGCAAUAGCUUAAGUAGCACCUACUAGGCAACGGAACUAAUUGAGCUAGGUUAGCCAAGUACUAGAUGGCUUCAAGAUAUGAAAUAUUACGAUACAUAUCUCUGAACCACGAGAGCAGUGCGUCCUGUAAAAAAGAUUGAAUGUAUAUAAGUGCAAAAGGAAAAAAAAACAAGAUCGACUGCAUAUUGUACAGGGUAUUGCUACAUAGUUUGCUAUAUUUGA